AUGCUCGCCAACUCUAUCCUCGUCCUUGCCUCAGCUGCAUUGACUUUGGCUUCACCUACUGUGAGCUUCGGUCAAGGUUCUAGCUGCAAGCCUGGAAAGCCUGUGCCUGUUCUCCCUGUCAAUGGUGGUUCCGUGGAGCUUGCUAGCCCUCCCCAAGGCGCAACUCUAAAGCACAUUGCCCUUGGUUUUGGUAUUCAGAACUACACCUGUGCCGACGCCGGUGCUUCACCCGCAGCCAUUGGAGCUUUGGCCGUGCUCUACGACGUUACCUAUCUCUACCCCAGCCAGAGCUCCUCAUCUCUAAGCGCAGAGAAGUGGGCGACCCUCUCCAACGAUGUCCUCACCACCGGCAAGAUCCCUCUGAACCUCAACGAGAACGGCGUCGGUGCAUCUUCCACCAACCCCUUCCCCAGGAAGCAAGCUCUUCGAGUCGACAGCCUCCGCAGCAGCAUCCCCUACCUCGGCCACCACUUCUUCAACGCCGCUGGCGUGCCUACCUUUGACCUCGACAAGGCCAACCAGGUCCUCAUCGCCAAGAAGAUCGACGGCAUCAAGGCUCCUGCUUCUGCUCCUGCUGGCCCUGAUGGCACCGGAGCUGUUGACUGGCUCUACCUUGGAGAUGCCGGUGGCAGCAAGGGUGUCAGCUACGUCUACCGUGUUCUGACUGCUGGAGGUGCUUCUCACGGCUGCAAGGCCAAGGGCGUCGACAGCACCUCCUACGCCACCCUCUACUGGUUCUACGGUUAA